UUAAUUAAAAAUAUAUAUACCUGAUAAUCAUUUGAUAUAUUUUUAUGUAAUUUAAACCAAAAAUAAAAUAACUUAAAAAUUAUGUCGAAAGAAUUACUGCAAAAUGAGGCAAAUGAAAGUAAAUUAUGUGGAAAUGAUGAAACAGAUUUGGUAAAUUUUGAAUUGCAGCAAACAAUGCCAAUGACAAAUGGAUUGUACGAUAAACAACAGUCGCUGGUCGAAAAAGCCAAUAAUACAUUCCAAGAAUUAUGUAAAACUUUAGAAAAUGAACAAACUAAAUUGUUGGAAUUAGAAGAAAGACGCAAAAAGUUACAAGAAGAAAUGUUACUUUUAAAAGCGGAAAUUGAAGAAGAAAAGAAAUCAUUUAAUUCGAAUAUAGUACAAUCGGUUGCUGAAAAUUUGAGUGUUUUAAAUAAAUCAACUGCUAAUGAUUAUAAAGACUGUAAACAUAAGUUAGAAAUUGACGAAAAUGGAAAAUUGAAAAACUUGUAUACUGGCAGCUAUGAAGAUGACGAAGCGCUACAAGUUACAGCACGUAAUAUAGCUGCUGAAAAUAGUACAGAAUAUUUACAAGAAGAUAGCACUAUACAAGAACAUGUUCAAUAUAUUAGAAGUGAGUUGCAAAAUGUACUCACUGAAUGUAUAUCUGAACAAUAUGAUAAAUAAUUUUUUUUUUAUAAUUUUAAAUAUAUUUUUUGUUUUAUUAAAAUUUUAAUAACAUUA